AAAAUCCGACUUCCUCCAUCAGUCAGACACGAAGAGACGCAGAGACCGGAGCGGAGGUUCAGCGCUCAGUCAUGAGCUCUGCAGCUGCUGGGUGGAGAUGAAUGCAGAUGUUGCUCCAGCUGUGCCGCCGUGGACUCGUACCCCUCUGAGCCGAUCUGGCCCUCCUGCAUGGGUUUUCUCUCCUCAGCUCCAGUCGUCCUGUGAAAAGAUGUUUCCUGGAGACCCGGUCCAGGAUCUGGACCCGGGGCUCCUGGAGGCCCAGCUGGACUUCUUCCACAAGCUGGGCUACUCCACGGCGCAGGUCCAGGCCGUGCAGCAGACGUUCGGCCCCAGCACCGACACCGACAAGGUCCUGGGGCAGCUGGUCCGGGUGGGGGCGGGCCGGGAGGAGCAGCCGGGCCCGGUCACCACGCUGUCGGUGCUGGUGUCCAGGGGGGACGGUCCGGCCAGAGCUCCGGCUCUGCUGCUGCCGGUCAGCGAGGACGGCGCCGAGGACGAGGACGCUCUGAGACCGGUGGUGAUCGACGGCAGCAACGUGGCCAUGAGUCACGGGAACAAGGAAGUCUUCUCCUGUCUGGGGAUCCAGCUGGCCGUCAACUUCUUCCUGGACCGAGGCCACGCCGACAUCACCGUGUUCGUCCCGUCAUGGAGGAAGGAGCAGCCGCGACCCGACGUCCCCAUCACAGAUCAGCACAUCCUGCUGGAGCUGGAGAAGAAGAAGAUUCUGGUUUUCACACCGUCGCGACGCUGCGCAGGAAAACGUGUUGUCUGCAACGACGACUGCUUCAUCGUGAAACACGCCUUCGAGUCGGACGGCGUCAUCGUGUCCAAUGACAUGUAUCGAGACCUGCAGGGAACCAAGCCAGAGUGGAAGCGCUUCAUCGAGGAGAGGCUGCUCAUGUACUCCUUCGUCAACAACAAGUUUAUGCCUCCUGACGAUCCUCUGGGCCGACAUGGACCGACCCUGGAGAACUUUCUGAGGAGGUUUCCAAAGACUCAGAAAAAACAGCAGUGUCCUUAUGGGAAGAAAUGUACGUACGGCAUCAAGUGUAAGUUCCACCAUCCCGAACGAGUCAAACAGUCCAACCGCACGUUGGCCGACGAGCUCCGGGAGAACGCCAAGAACCCGUCCCCGGCCCAGAAACCAGGUCCGGCUCGCAGCAGUCCGGUCCCCGGCCAGAGCCUGCUGCAGGUGGAGGACAUGGCCCGCAAGCUGAGUCUGGGACCCGACAGCAGCUCCCUGAAGAAGGACCAGAAGAACAAGCACCAGUCCAAGUCAGGUCACCGCCAAAGCAAGAGGGUGUCGACCCGGAAAGAGAAGGCGAACCCUCAGGGCGACUCGGUCCGACUUGGAGGCUCCCAGGAGCAGCUGGACUCGGGCCUGGGCUCCAUCGACAGCCAGCCGGUGGAGGGCCUGUGGGCGUACGGCGCUCAGCAGAACCUCCGGCAGCCGUUCUGUCCUCCGAGAAGCUCCUCCUGCAGCUGCUGCUCCCAGAACCAUCCCUCUCAUGGCGCCUUCCAGCACCACAGCGUCGGACCGCUGGGUUGCCACAGUGCCGAUAUGCUGCCCUUCGGCCCGCCGCCCUACGGUUACCGCGGAUACCCGGUCAGCGUCCCCGCCUACAGCCAGCCGGCCGACUUCCAGCACAGCAGAACCCACCAGCAGCAGCCGUUCUGGUCCGACCCGUUCGCCGCCCAUCCUCCGGUCCGCCCCUCGCCCUGGGAUCCUCCUCCUCCUCCUCCAUCAUCAUCGUCGAGGAAACAGCCGAGCAGCGAGGAGCGGGAAGUCGUCCGGAAGAAGCUCCUGGCCAUCUUCAGCGCCCAGCUGGUGGAUGCUGCCAUGGACAUGUUCCCUCAGAUGAUGGAUCCGCAGAAGCUGGUGGCUGAGAUCCUCAUGUUGCAGAGUCAGAACCGCUCGCUGAGAUGAGCCGGUCCGAACCUCGUCUUUCAGUGCAAAGACUGGAGCUAAACAUGAGUUUGUGUGUUCGUGUAUCGUGGUAUCCACUUUGCUAUGAACUUCUGUGGCGUCGCCUCGGUGAGAUGUUCAGCACGAGGCAGUUACUGUUGAUGCAAAUUGUAUCUUUAUUUAAAAAUGUAAAGGGAAAACUGGGCUUUUAUGUGACUUAAUCCAGUCGGUAUCCCCUUUAUUAGGUAUACCAUCAGCUCAGUUUCUCUUCAGGCUGAGACGUUUGAAGUAAUUUCUGUAACAAAUUUCCACCAAAACGUGUUGGACUGCACUGAGGUGUACCUAAUAAAAAGGCCUCUGGUAUGGUGCAGAUGAGGUGAAUUCUGAAUGUAAAUACGUCUGUUUGUGUCAUAUUGGCACUGAGGACCAUUCAUGCUUUGGUUUGGGGAGCAAUUCGCUAAAUAAAAUAUAAUCCUAAUAAAUAAA